AUGGCGUCAAUAACAAAUCUCACUUACAAAAUUCUGAGCGUAAAACAUCUAUGCGCUGUUAGGAAUUUGGUCGAAGAACAUUUCACAUCUACGUACUUAUUGGGAGUAUACUUAAAUUGGACGAAAGAAGAUCUGAUUCCUGCAUAUUAUUCUCGGAUAGAGUCUUUCUUAAAGCAAGGAAAUUCACUCGGGGCAUUCAGUGUUAAAGAUGCUAAAUUACGUGGAGUUGUCAUCAAUGUGGAACACGACGAUAAUGAAAAAAUAAAAUAUGAAAAAGCACUACACAUCAGUGAAAAGACAGAUACUAUAAAUCGGCUCAUGGUGGCAAUUGGAGUAAAUCAAUUAUCUGACAUUCUUGGAACCAAAAAAUUUUGGGAGAUGAGAAUGGGAACUGUGCAUCCAAGUUACAGAAGGAAAGGACUAUUGCCUGAACUUACAAAAAGAUCUACAGUUCUUGCCAAACAAAGGGGAAUUGAGAAACUUGUAGCAUGUCAAACAUAUAAUAAAGCUCUGGAAGAACCUUCGAAAAUGGACGGUUUUGAAGUAAUCAGACACAUUGAAUUGAAAAAUUAUCUUGACCCCGUCACAGGGCAAAAAGUUUUUUCGGGGAUGAAACCACCAAAUGACGUGCAAGUUUUAAUCGCUAAAACUUUGACUUAGUGAGAUCCUGUGCUCUUAUAUCAGGGGUCGGCAAACUGUGGCACGCGAGCUAAUUUGUUGCGGCCCUCGAACGACCUGACAUUUAAUACAUAAUACAUACAACAAAAAAUUGAUCCUAAAUUUAUUAUUCUACUACACUAGUCUCUACACGGAUUUAUGUGUUAACAAGUGCAGCUGUACGGCACUUGUUUUGUAAUAAGUAGCAUCAGUUGUAUGUCGCUCGAGAUGAUUUUGAUUUUUAAAAGAAAAGUUAAAAAUGUCUCGGAAACGGAGGGAAGUUUGCGACGAGAGUCGAACAUUUUUUUGGUAAACAUUUGGUAAAAUUCUAAGAGAAUAUAUUUGUUCCAUGCGAUGGUAUGACAUUCCUCCAGUUGUAUUUAAGGUCGUAUACUUCGAUGAAGUUUGUUCAAAUUGAUCAAUAUGGCAUUUGAAUUUAUUAGGAACCUUAUUUUGUAUUUCCUGUAUAUCCCAUGCAUUUAUGAAACUAUUGUUUCUAUCUAGACGGAUUUUUAGGUUCAUUAUCUCCAGUAUUAAAUUGUGAAGAUUUCCAUCACCACUGUAUUGUUAUGGCCCUCGUAUGUAUUUAAAAAAAUAUUUUGUCGUUCAAUGUUUAGC